AAACGCCGAAGAAGAAGCUGCUCUGCUGUGAUUGGUUGUUCAGGUGUUAGCCGCUAGUUAGCUGUAUGUGACUGUAAACACAUCAGUUGUCAAACAUGACACAGUUUGAUAACUUCGCCGACUUAGACUCUUUUAUUAAAGGGGUGGAGGAAGAGUCGCAGACUAAAUUUAUUACAUUUUCUGUGGACCGCAAUUACAAUGACAAAGAUUGGCAACCUUUACCUGGGAACCGGGUGUACUGGCAGUGGGCUGGAGGUUCUGGGAUGCCUGCCAUUGAAUUCACCGGGAUCCCGUUUAUGUUUAUGGGGUUUAAAAGGCUGGUCUGCCACCGAGGCAAAGAUCUCGCCGUAGCCCAGAAGCAGAAGUACGCUGAGGAAAAGGCUAAGAAAAUGAUGUUGGACAACAAUUUUGGCAGUCAGAGAUUUCUUCGCCAAGCCACAAAAAAGGUGGGAUGCCCAGCAGCUAUAUCGAUCAGCAAAAUUGCAACGUUCCCUAAAUUCAAGGUGGAUGACAAUAAGGAGAGGAGUAGGAAGACGGCCUCCAAGAUGCUGAGAACGGCCUUAGAGAGAGAUCCGAUCAUAUGGAAAACAUGCUACGCUGUCACGAAGCCAAGUGCACAUUCUGGACACGCAGUGGGAGAAGCGGCGAUAAAAGAAUCAUCACACAAUAAACGGCACACAAAGAAGAGCACACAGACUACAGACUGUGAUUUCCCUCCUCGCAAACGUGCGAGAAAAACGGACCUGAGGAACAAAUGCGUCAACCUCACCCAACUAAUCAUGGAGAAAAUCUAUGUCACUGAGGACCGACACACUCUUGAGGAACUCUCAGAAAAACUAAGCGUCCUGCUCAAAGACCUCACACCUCCGACCAGCAGUGAGGACGAGAUGCCGCUUCAUGUGGAAGAAAAGAGAGUCAAAGUUUCAUCAGUUAUUCCAAACUCUUUGUCACAAAGGAGCCCAAAGUCCAGCUACACAGACAGAGUGGAUGCUCAUGCAGACGGCAUGUGGGACGCCCACACAGUGCCUGGACCUUUUUAUACAGUUAAAUUCCUCUAGUUCUAUGCACUGUGCCUUUAAUAUUCACCGGAUUUAGUCGAUUGUGUGUAGGUCCUGUGUGUGCAGAUUUUAGAUCACUCCUUUUACAAAACAGCCUUUCUUACAGGUCACAACUUGAAUUUUUUUCUGCAAGGAGAAAGUAAACAUUGAGUUCUUGGACUGAA